AGCAGGCUGCCUAUGGAAUCCUCAUUGCAGAGUUGAGUAUAAAAGCAGCAGACCAGAACAAGCAUUAUACAAUUAAGACGUACUACUCUCAGCACUGAACAAAUACUCUCUAUAGAAUUCAAACCGAGAUGAUGACUGCAAUCUUUCUUCUCGCAACUACCAUGCUACUAGCUACAGUGACUGCAGGACCUCUCCCCAAUUCAACUCUAACCACCCUUUAUGGGUGGAUGAAUGAUUCGGUUGUAUUGAAGGAGAGGUAUGCCCCAUAUGAGCUACACGUUGGUUACCUGCAAGGCUCAGGACCAAAUCUCACCUUUAAAGUGAUUGUGGACCAGGGAACCACACAGAACAAGGUCGACUACACAGUAAGUCCACAGCUGGUCACCAUCUCCUCAACUGCACCCUCUGUGAUAGAGGUGGACACAUUCUUGGACGGACUGGCUCUGGAGCCUGAUGAGCAGUUCACACUAAGACUGGAGCUCGUGGGAGGGUCCGCCCCCGUGGGGAUGCUACGAGGAUCUCUUGCUGUCACACUAGUAGACUCGGAUGUUUUGAAGGUGUCCAUGACCAGUGCUGACUACAGAGUGUCAGAAUCAAAUGGGACCAUAACUGUGGUUAUAAAGAAGGACAAAAGGAUUGCCACACCCCUCCCCCUCAUAAUCACACCACAAACUGUGGCCUUGGCAAUGGCAUGGUCUGACGUGACUCUACCAAACAUCCCCACCCCCACUAAUAAAUACUCAUUGGCAAACGUUCCAAACAGAGCAAGAGGUGGCCAUGACUUUGAGCCCCAUACAAUAGUGGUACAGUUUCCAGCAGACGAAGACUCUCCCAUCAGCGACUUGCCUGUGUCUGUACCCAUUAUCGAUGAUGCCGUUAACGAGGCCCCCGAAGAGCACUUUGUUGUCAGACUAGACACAACGGAGGGAACUAGUUCACUAGUGGAAGUUGGGGAGCAACAAGUCAGUCUCUGUACAAUUGUGGAUAAUGAUUCUAUUAGAAUUGGAUUCACUCAACCCUCGUAUACCAUCACACGACUUCACUAUGAUGAAUGCUUUGAAGACGUAGUCAAAAUUGCCAAAGAGGGCCUAUCUGAGCAGUCAUUUUUCUUUCUCAUAGAGGCUGUGGUGGUAUCACCCUCCUCUUCCAUUUCAGCAGUCAGCAAUGAGGUGGCUCACACUUUACUCACCCCAAACAGCCGUAUUGUUGUACAGACUUUGUACAAUGAUGAGCAGGAGAAAGGUGUGGAUAUCUAUGUGGACCCUUACUUACUGCCCCCCAAGACUGUCGCAUUUGAGUUAGUCAUCUCCUCAGAGUUGGAUCCUUUUUUCCUGCCUGCCAAGAACUUGUAUCAGUCCACCUAUGUUGUCAUUGAACAAGCAAACUGAAUCACGCAUAAUAUUCUCCACUUCUCUACUAUAAUUACUAUCAUCUCUAAUAAUCCUCGUUUUUAUGGCUUCAUUUUUUGAUAUCGUUUUUAAUGAUUGUCAUUUGUCUUGAGAAA